AUGUCUGAGGUCGGAACUUGUAAUUCAAAUCCGGAUGCACUGCGAUCUGGACGAGUUUGGAAUGGAAUGCCAAGACCACUCGAAAAUCGGACUGUUGGAAUGGCUGUUGGCCUAACUAUGGGUUUCUCGUACGAUCUCGGAGAAUCUUCGUGGACGCUAAGGUACAAGGAAAUAUAUACGCUUAUCCGACAUACCCGAAUAAUGUUUAUUCCAAUACGAAAAUCCCCAAAGAAAUCCAUUGGUUCAAACGAAACAGCUGAACCUGAGAGCUCUGCUGAGGAUCAAAGCUGCUAG